UUGGCUAGCAAUAGAGUAACUGAAUUAUUAAAAACAAGUAAAAUAUAAAAAUAUAUAAAAAUUCAAUAAACAUAAAAAAUUCAUAAGAAAUAAAUAAUUCGGCAAAACGGCUGGAGUAAAAAACCGCGACAUAAAAAUUAUCAACAUUUAUAUUUUUUGUUUUAAUAAUAGGAAUCGUUCUACAAAAAACAAAAAAUUUAGGAUUUUUUGUAAAAAAAAGUCGAAUACAAAAUUAAAUGUGUGAAAUUUUUUUAUGCUAAACGUUUACCAUAAAAAUCUGCAAAUGCUGUGAGACGGUGCAAAAAAUUCUACCAUCGCAUCGGCACAAAGCCAUCAAUAACUAAAACCUCCGCAAGAAAUUCUACAACAACAAUUUUGGAUUAUCAACCAGGGAUUAAAACAAUUCCAGCGUAUAAAAGGCGUAAUAACAACCGAUCAGAGCAACAACAACACUAACAUCAUAAACAUUGUGAUUGCAAGGCGCAACAUAAAGAAACACAACAACAGCAACGUAAACAUCCAACAUUCUGCAGCAGCAUCUUGCUUGUUGGACGCACUAUUGUUGUUGUUCUUGUUGUUUGUUGCAGCGUGUCAGCAGCAUUCCCCAUUUAGGCAAAGUGUUAAAGGUGCGUGUACCAAAGUGUUGUUGUGCAACAGAAACACAAACUUAAGCAUACACUUAGCUCUAUAAUAAAUACUGACGACCACAAAAAACGGAAAACACAAUCAAUGCAGUGUUAAUAAACAGGAGCACAAGGACAAAGGCCCAUAAAUAUAAUGAAAUAAUUACACCAAAAACCAAGACUCUGCAGAAUUCAAGACAACAGAAAGGCGACCUACAAAAAAGUACAAUAAAAACAAAGUGGAGUUCAAUUAUUUUGUGUAUCUUAAAAUAAAGUAAAGUAGCUGAUAAAAAACUGUAUGCAACAAUAACAACAGUAAGAUUAAACCAAAAGUUGAAGUUCGAGAAGAGCAACAAAAAAUUGCAUAUAAAAAAGUAUGCAACAGUAAUUGCUGAUACGAUAUACUUGCAACACACCGAAGUUGCUACUGCAACAAAUAACAUCAGCAAUAACAAUAACAAGCAAGAUAUUAUAGUAGCAGCAACAACUUUAACAAGUACUCACACACAUACUUAUGCACAUACAUACAUACAUACGCUCAUCGCCCUAAUAGUCAGUCACAGCAACAUGGAGAACAUGUCAUCAUCAAUUGAACCGGUGCCGGUGGUGCCGCGCACCGCCAAUUUGCUGGCCUGCAAACAAUGGUGGCGCGUCUGCUUUUUAUACGGUGACCAACAGAAAUACUACCGUCAAGUUUACAGCAAAGCGGCUGCGCAACGUCUGGCUCUCUCUACUGGCGGCGCUGUUACCACUGGCUUCCAAAUGGACAACGACCACAACAACGACAACGACAACGAAAAUGAGACGAACAGUGGCAAGGACAGCGGUUGUAGUGGCAGCAUGCAGACCGCUGACUACGAUAUAGUGGCAGGCGAUUUUAUCGAAACGCAAUUAGACGAAGCAGAUGCCAACGCAACAACAACAACAACAAGAGCCGCGUUAGCAGAUGCGAUCAAUGGCGCCGAUAUGAGUAAAAACCAUAAUCCCGAGGUGGACAAACUGUUGGUGAAGAAAAAGAAGAAGCAAAAAAGUAAAGAAGGUGACGAACAAGCGCCGCCAGUACCACUCUUUCCCUCCAAAUAUCAAACGAACACCACUUCAGCAGUCGGAUCGUCAACCACUUCGUCGAUGUCUGCAACAAAUCGCGGCAAAAAGCUGUUACGCUCUCUACGCGGUCAUGUGAGUAAAGUGGGUGAGUCGGCAGCGGGUGGAAAAUCGUCGAAGGAGCGGCAUAAAAACGCACAACAAGCAAAUGACCUAAACGCCAGCGAAGCGACCAAAGGUAAUGCCAGAGUCACUGUUUUGGAUGAUCCCUUUCUUUUCGGCAUCGACGCCGAUCACUUGGGUGAUUUGGUAGUGCGUGGCAAGCAAUAUGCAACCAAUACUAUGGAAGAUAUAUCCAAAUAUUAUAGUUCCUAUUUGGAGCAAGAAAAGUUCGAAAUGGAUGUGCAGAAUGGCGCACAAGUGGAUUUCGGGCAACAUUUGCCGACGGCGCCCUCAACGCCUGAGCAGUGUGGCUCUAUGCAAUACGAGGCGGACGAGCCGAAGCCAGCGUUACCGCCUAAGAAGAAGAAGCAAAGUAAUUAUGAAACUUUUAAUGGCUUAGUAAAUGAUGGCGCGGAGAAAAGUGGUGCGUCACAUGAACUCCAGCUAAACGAGAACGACUUACAAUUUCUAAAACUGAAUAUGCGCAAUCGCAGUUUGCCACGUAGCAUGAAACCGUUUAAGGAUGUGCCGACUGAUAUUAGCUUUACCUUUACGGAAGCGGAGGGUGACACGACGUCAGCGUCGCGUCCAGCGCCAUUACAGAAGAGCGCCACCUGUGAGCGAGAUAUGAAUUUGGCAGCUCAUCUGCAGCAAAGAGGGAGUGAAGAGCCCAUCAGCCGCACGCCGUUGACACAAGUUUCGUAUUUGCAAAAAAUACCAACACUACCGCGUCAUUUUUCGCCCAGCGCAGCAGCCGCAGCAGCAGUGUCGGUUGGUGGUAGUGGCAGUUUAGGUAUUGGCGGGCCAGGUGCAACCAGCGGCUUACCCAGCAGCUCGUCUGCUAGCGCUUUAUACAGCCCCAACGCAACAGGUUUGCCAACGUCACCGCUACCACUGCAACGUCAAUUCCAUCACCCGCCGCCACCGAUAUCACAACAACAGCACCAACAACAACAACCGCCAUUACCACCAUCACAUCACCAUCAAUUGCAUCAACAAUAUUUGCCACCACAUCAUCAGCUACCGCCGCCAGCGCCGCCGCAUGGCUCACCUUCAGUCGGCAUGCUGGCGCAUCACGCACCACAACAGUAUUCGCCAGCGCAUUCGGCGCACUCUUCAUCGUCCAAGUACUCGACCUCAUCGCUGAAACACCAACAUCAACCGCACGGAAUGCACCAGCAGCAGCAGCAUCAACAACAGCAUGUGCCCCACCAACUGUCGCCAGCAAUUUCAUCUCCCUCACCGCCUUCGCUGCUACAUCAUCCUUCGUCUGCACACCCGCCUUUCGCGCUUGUCGGUCACCAGCAGCUCGACAUGCAGCGGCAUUCCCAUUCAGACGAUGACAGUGGCUGCGCGCUGGAAGAAUAUACUUGGGUGCCGCCCGGUCUAAGGCCAGAUCAGGUUCGCUUGUAUUUCUCACAAAUACCCGAUGACAAAGUGCCAUACGUGAAUAGUCCGGGUGAACAGUAUCGAGUGCGGCAAUUGCUGCAUCAACUUCCGCCACACGAUAAUGAGGUUCGUUACUGUCACUCAUUGACGGAUGAGGAACGCAAGGAACUUCGCCUAUUCUCCACACAACGCAAACGUGACGCGCUCGGACGUGGCAAUGUCAGACAGUUGAUGAGUGCGCGUCCGUGUGACGGUUGUGACGAAUUGAUUUCCACCGGGGAUAUAGCUGUGUUUGCUACACGCCUGGGUCCAAACGCUUCGUGGCAUCCGGGUUGCUUCAUUUGCUGCAUCUGCCAUGAGCUGCUAGUCGAUCUCAUUUACUUUCAUCGCGAUGGCCGACUGUACUGUGGACGUCACCAUGCAGAGACACUGAAGCCGCGUUGUUCCGCCUGUGAUGAGAUAAUCCUUGCUGAUGAAUGCACCGAGGCGGAAGGACGUGCCUGGCAUAUGAACCACUUCGCCUGUCAGGAGUGUGAGAAGCAGCUCGGCGGCCAGCGGUAUAUAAUGCGCGAAGGCAAGCCCUAUUGCCUGCUCUGCUUCGAUGCCAUGUUCGCCGAGUACUGUGACUAUUGCGGCGAAUCUAUCGGUGUGGAUCAGGGUCAAAUGAGUCAUGAUGGCCAGCACUGGCACGCGACGGACGAGUGUUUCUCCUGCAACACUUGUCGAUGUUCACUUUUGGGACGCGCCUUCCUACCGCGGCGCGGUUCCAUUUACUGUUCGAUUGCAUGCAGCAAAGGUGAACCGCCUACACCAUCGGACAGUUCUGGCACUGGCAUGUACACCACACCGACACCGCCAACGCAACGCGUGCGCCCGCAGACACGCAUACCCAGCAGUCACGCAUCGAGUUCGCCGCCAAUGUCGCCAAUACAGCAGCAACAGCACCAGCAAAGUUUUAAUCAGGCAAUGUAUCAGUUGCAGAGUCAGCAGAUAGCGGCAGGUAUAGUUGGUGGUGGUGGUAGCGGUGGCGAUGCCGGCAUUGCCGGGGUGGAUGGAGGUGAUGGAAGUGGUGGUGGCAGAGGAAAUGAGAUGGGUGGUCUUGAGUGUAUGCCAGCUGGCAUGAGCGCAGCUACAAUGAUGAGUGGCACAGUCGAUAUGACGCUUAUGGAGGCAACCAAACAGAGCUACCCAACCUCAGACUCGGAUGGUGGUGUGGUCAAGGAUAUGGAGCGUGCAGGCGGUAGUCGCGGUACUGGCGACUUUACAGACUUUUCGGGCGGCGCGCCAUCUACGUCUUCACAAAAUCUAUCACCGCUGAUCUCACCUACUGAAUACACGCAUCUAAUGCCUAAGCCAAUGGAACUCAAAUCUGAAGCGGCUUACAACUUCAAUGAGAUGUCGCUCAACUUAGAUGCCGCUUGGCCUGCCAAGCCGCCGCACACUGGUGCGCACACUUACAACCUGCCGCGCCAUAUGCAGCGUGUUUCUAAAAUGGAGAGCUCCAUGACCUCGAGCAUGCCUGAACUAACAGGGCGACAACCCGUGCAGGUGCCGCAUGCGGGCGCGCAUACCUCCUCGCAGCAAUUUGCACACGAUUACAGUGACGCGAUCACUUCACCGCUGCCCUCUGACAUCGGUGAGCUACCCACACCUAACUUGUCAGUGGCCUCUACUGCGUUACCGCCUGAACUGAUGGGUUCACCCACCGCUUCGGGUGGUGAGCGUUCAAUUACCUCACCGCAGUCCAUGAACUCUGGACAAGCGCCCGCUCAUCCUGUAUCCAUACUCAGCGGCGCAUCUUCCUCAUCACCAAUGAGCGGUGCAACAGGCGGCGGUGAGGUGAAGAAAAAGGGUGUACGCUUCGAAGGCAUACCAGCGGAAACGCUACCGCGCUCGCGCAGCUACUCAGGCAAUGGCGCGGGCACAGGUAGCGGCAGCAGUGGUGGCGGUGGUGGCGGAGAUGGAAGCAGACAUAAAGAGAGCGCCAGUACCGAACGCUCUUCUGGAGGCAGCGGACACUCAUCGCGUCGGAGACGUCGGCGCAAAUCAUCAGGACAUCGCAACAGCGGCUAUCGUACACAUUCAACAACGCGCGCUGAUACUUAUGUGACCGCGCAACCGCUCUCUUCCUCUUAUCAGGGACCACCCUCCGUGCUGCAAAGCGCUUCGGUCUCCCAAGUUGGUAGCGGCGCGUCCGCAACAGCGCAUGCCACGCGUUGUGGCGAUGAUGAAUCGGAUGAUGCUUCAAGCGUUUGCUCCACCUGUUCAUCAUCUUCAUCCUCCUCUGAGGACUACAUGAUGAUGUACCAAUUGCCGCAGCGGCGUCACUAUGGCGGUGUGCGUGUGAGUUAUGUUCCCAACGAUGCGCUCGCUUACGAUCGCAAGCGUAAACCGACAGAUAUGAGUGAUAAGGACAAGAACUGCAUCAUUUCGUGAUGUGAUAGUGCGUCAGCGAAUCAACUUGAGCGGCUUGAGAAGUCAUUACAUGUCACCUGUCGAACGAAAAGAGAAAAUGGGCGGUAAGAGCCGCUGGGAAAAUGCGGCAGCUAAAGCUACAAGACGGCAUUCAACAAAGAAGUACAACAAAAUUCAAAAGUAAAAUGAAUUUGAAAAAAAAGAGGCAACAUACAUUAAAAUUUAAUACUAUAGCUGGCAGGCAAGCAGCAGCACGGCGAUGGUGCGUAACAAAGCGUUUGUAAAUCUAAUAUGAAAUACAAUUGAGUUAUGGCUUGUUUAUAUAAAGCCUUUUGAACUUAAAUUCGUUACAAAAUUUUAAUUUUCAAAUUAGAAAUUUGUAUGUGAAUAAUAUUAUUUUGGGGAAAUUUUUCGGAAAAUGGCCUAAAACUGUUUAAUGGUCAAUCUUUAGCUUCUUGGCUAUGCUACGACUACUAACAUGCACGUCAACUUCGGUUAUUUCUGUGAUUUUAUUGACAUUUACAUCAAAAUUGCCUGAACGGCACCAUAAUCACAAAUCACAAUUUCAGCGGCCUGUCCUGCAUUUUCGCUGUAAACGGAGAAGAAGGUGCUGAGAUGAUUCCACCACGUCCUCCGGACGGCUCCUGCAGAAAGGAGUCUUAAAAGUUCUCUUAAGCGUCCUCGAUCUACCCGUGUCCAGAAGGAUCUCGCGACUUUGCACGUUUGGUCGCUGAGUUGACGCGAAGCCCAUCUUUCCAGUAGCAGACUAUAGGUUCUCAAGGGAACUCCAAUCCUCUCAUGUUGCGAUAAAGCCGUCUCCGGGGUUCCCUGUCUAGCCAGCUCAUCAGCCCAGCGGUUUUUCUCUAUGUCGCUGUGACCGGGAGCACAAAUGAACGCAAUAUCGAAGUAUUACGAUACAAUCGAGAGAUAAGUCAGACAUUGCCCGACUAAUUUCGAACACACAAACAACGAGCCUAAGGCUCUAUUUACCGAUUGGCUGUCAGAGUAAAUAUUUACCUCCUUUACAGUAAUUUUAUUUAGAAGCAAGCAAGAAUAGCUUCUUCUAAAAUUUUGGGGGCUCGAAAUUCACUUUACAGCUAUGGAAUAUUUUCUUAUAAUUUCAUGUAGAAUCCGAAUCUGCCAGGAACGAUGUAAAAAAAAACAAAAAAUGUUCCACCCUAUUGUAUAUAAAGGGUGAUUUUUUAAGAGCUAUAGGAAAGUUUUUCAAAAAACACACGUAAAAUUCAGAACAAUGCAUGAAAUUUUUAUUUAAAUCGAUAGUACAGUCCAUAUAAUUUAAUGUUUCAUGAUUAUUUCAUGCAAAUGUUGACCGCGACUGCGCUUCAAAUGGUCCAUGCGCUUAGUCCAAUUUUGGCAUACUCUUUCCAAUGUUUCGGCCGGUAUCUCACAUAUAAAUGCUUUAAUGUUGUCUUCCAAUGCGUUAAUUGAAGCAGGCUUGUCUGAAUAGACAUUGGGUGGCCAAUUGACAGGCCCCGAACGUGAAAUAAAAUGUUCACCGAACUCGCCUCUCAACAAGUCCUUUGUUACGCGUGCUGUGUGGCAUGUGGCGCCGUCUUGCUGAAACCAAAUGUCAUGCAAGUCGAGCUCUUGCAUUUUGGGCAAAAAAAGUUGGAUAUCAUUUCACGGUAGCGCUCACCAUUCACAGUUACGUUACGAUUCGCAGCAUCUUUGAAGAAGUACGGUCCAAUGAUACCUCCAGCCCAUGAACUGCACCAAACUGUGACCUUUUCUGGAUAAAUUGGUAGCUCUUGCAAUUCUUCUGGCUGAUCUUCACUCCAAAAUCGACAAUUCUGCUUUCUUACGUACCCAUUGAUCUAAAAAUGAGCUUAAUCGCUGAACACAAUUUUUCGAUAAAAAAGUGGAUCUUCGUCCAACUUUCCAAAUUCUGCGUUGCGGUAGGUCGUUCGGCUUCAAUUCUUGCACUAGCUGUAUUUUGAGAGGCUUCACACCUAAACCCUUUCGCAAAAUUGUCCACGUUGUUGAGUAACAGAGGCGCAAUUUCUGCAACCGGCGACGAAUCGAUAAUUGAUGGUCAUCAUUAAGACUGGCCGACACAGCUGCGACAUUUUCUUCGGUUCGCACUCUAUGUAAGCGUAUUGGUGGUUUGAUGUCCAAUAAUGUAAAUUUGGUUCUAAAUUUAGUCACAAUAGCUCGAAUAGCCACUUCAGUGCGUCGAUUAAACUGACCAUAAAAUCCAAGAAGCGCGCGAUAAACUUUCUUAACAGAACACGCAUUUUUAUAAUAAAAUUCAAUGAUUUGCAAGCGUUGUUCGUUUGUAAGACGAUUCAUGGUUAAAUUAUAGACCAAACUGAAGAUGUUUGACAGCGAAACAAAACACGAAACGUGCGACAGCUGUUUAAACCAACUGUUUAAAAAGAGAAUAGCUAAAAAAUCACCCUUUACAUUCGUGCAUGCAAAUACAUAUAACUAUAUACCCUUAAAAAUUAAACAAAUUUCCAUCAAAACUGCCACUUUCUAAAAAAGUUUCUAGAAAAAAAAUUUGAGUAUGCAGUUUUAUAGCUUAAUAAAUUUGGGGAUAACAAAGUGUAAGUUUCAAGUGGCUUAAAAUUUGCGUUAAUUUAAAAACACUUUUUUUUUUUUCUAGCCGUCUUUUGCAUUUUCUCCAUAUAAAAAAAGAAAUCGAGUAUUAAUUAUACACCCGGAGGAUUGUCAUGGUCUGCUGAUGGGCAAUCGCUACUUAUUAAAAAAAAAACCUUUUCUAUUAUUUGGAUCUUUCAUGCCCACAGUUGGCCUCAAACCAGGCCCCUACGGAUUGUUAAACGCGCACAAACCCAUUUAGCUACGGCGUCUGUAACUGCAGCCAAAUAUCGGUUAUACCAAUAUAGAAAAUUAUGAUAUAUAAUUUAUUGCCCGCCCGCCUGCCUGCCUGCCUGUUCUUCUUCAUAUAUUAAUAUGAGUGUAGAUAAAAAACAUUUUUAUUAGUGUCGGUAAAAAAAAAUUAACUUAUAAUAUUCUAUGAUACAAACUCGUUAAAAAGUUCAAGUACACCUUUGUAUAUAUUUACGUGUAUCUCUAAAUCUUCCAUACAAAAUACAGAUUAUUGUAAGAAGUUUUCGAAUUAGUCAUAUCCCAUUGCAGCACAGCAAGAGUUACUUAUAAAAAUGCAGGUAGUUAAAAAAAUAAGUGCAUAAGUAAAAAACAAUAAAAAACACGAUUUAAAGCAAUACAUAAAAGUUCAACUUUACGGUUCUGGCAUUGUUUGGAAUCCUCACCUAUAGCAAUUAAGUUUUAAAAUACUGCACAUUAAAUUAAAAUAGUAAGUAAAACAUAAAAUUAGAGUUAUUUACGAACUUGUAUAAGAAUUUUUAUUUAUAUACUUUGAAAAAUAUUUGAAAAAUGUAUCGAUAAAUAUUUUGCUAUAAAAAUGGAACAUCGACGCAGCUGACAUAUUUUUGAUAAACAAAUAUAUUUGAGCUACAUACAUGCAUAUAUAAGUAAUAUUAAGUAACAUUAUACACUGAAAUAUGUACAUACAUACAUACAUAUGUAAACAGAAAAUUAAAAAAAAGUGAAUAACUAUUUAUUCAUGUUCAAAUGAUAUGACUAAAUGUAUACAUUAAAACGUAGGCACACCAACUGAACUUGUAUUUUGUAAAUGAUUUUAUUCAAGGCUUAGUACUAAGUAUAUUAAGUAUGUAAUGAAGAAGUAUAAACUAAAAUUAAA